AUACGGUGAGCAAACGACGAACAAUAAACUACACAUUUUGAUGACAAAAGGAGAGACUUUUCAGUUUCACGCGAUGAAGAAGCUCAGCUCUCUUAAUCUCAUGGUGGUGAAUCGCUGAGUCGCACCUUUAGUUUCAGGUAUCUGGAUCUCGUCUGUGAUCGGAUUCUGUCCAGAGAGACGAAGGAGUAGAGUAGUGUUGAUUAGGUUUGUUCGUAAAAGAUGAGCUGCGGGAAUAAUGGAUACAACAGUUUGGAGAUGGAGUACAUUAAGAAGCAUCAUAGGCACGAGAUUUCCGAGAAUCAAUGCACCUCCGUUCUCCUCAAGCACAUCAAGGCCCCUGUUCAUCUCGUUUGGUCUUUGGUGAGAAGAUUUGAUGAACCACAAAAGUACAAGCCAUUUGUUAGCAGAUGUGUUGUUGCUGAGGGAAAUCUUGAGAUCGGUAGUCUUAGAGAAGUUGACGUUAAGUCGGGUCUUCCUGCGACUACAAGCACCGAGAGGUUGGAACUCCUUGAUGACGACCAGCAUAUCUUUAGCAUCCGGAUUAUUGGUGGGGAUCACAGGCUCAGGAAUUACUCUUCAAUUAUCUCGGUCCACCCAGAAAUGACUGAAGGGGGGAGGCCAGGGACUCUAGUGGUGGAGUCGUUUGUUGUUGAUGUGCCUGAAGGGAACACCAAGGAUGAAACCUGCUACUUUGUGCAGGCACUCAUCAAAUGCAAUCUCAAAUCCCUUGCUGAUGUGUCUGAACGCCUUGCAGUCCAAGACAGGACGGAGCCCAUUGAUCGGAUUUAGUAAAGUAAGAUUAGAUUAGAUUUUGGAUUUGAAGGUACCACGGAUGAAGCUUCUUUUAAGGCUGUAUGGCUUUUGGUGACGGACUGGUACUCUCACCAAGUUUUUCCCCUUCUGUCUGUCUGUCUGUCUGUCUGUAGCCUCAAAAACCACACCACAGGUGUAUACCCUCAAAAUGCUUAAUGCUAUUGCUAGUUUGGUACUCAACCAAGCCAAGGUUUCUGUCCGUUGUUGAGGUUUUCAGCUUUGCUGGGAUGCUGCUCAUGGUCUAAAUCUAGUUGUGAAUAAAAGUGUGAUGGAAAACAGGUCUCGUCUCUUAUGUAUUCUAUUUGUUUCA